AAAACAAUAAAUAAACAUAAAAACAAUAAAUGCCUCACAUUUUGUCGUUGCCGCAAAAUGUUGUACUGCUUGAAAUUCUCAGUGUCUCCACCGUUGCUCGACACUGCGUGUAUAGAGCAGGUAGUGCAACAAUAGAAAAAUAGUUGCGGGAUGGCACUGUGUAGCGUUUGUCUAGGGUGUUGAUCAUUUUCCUAAAUCCCUCGUUUUGCACAGUGUUGAUGGGAGCCAUAUCUUUAGCCAGGUGAUAAGUAAUAGCCUCCGUAAUUUCUUUGUGCCUGCAGGAGUUCGACGUGUAUAGGGAAGCGCUGUAUAAGGUUCCCGUUAUUGAUGUUUGGGUGGUUGACCCAGACGGAUUUUCUCCUGUCACUUCCUCGUCAUCCCUGACGUGUUCUCCGUUGUUUUUCCCUGCCAAUUUGAGCAUCACAGGCACAGCUUCUGUAUCACGUGGUAUAAGGCUCCGCCCUUGUCAUUUGUUGAGCAGGAAGAGUGAGCGCUUGUUUUCAUGCAGAUUACGUCCCGGAUCAAAAUGCGGUACAAUCGUCGUCGUCUUUUUUUUUUAAUUUUUUUAAUCGUUGUCAUUUGGAAAUGAGAUCGCACAUAAAAUGCCUUUCCAUUUCUGCCCCCAGUGUGGGACAAAGUUACAGCCUGAAUUCAGAUUCUGUCCUUCAUGUGGGGAGAAACUUCCCGGUCCUGAAAGUCCAUUUCAAUCUGAAUCUGUGAACUCAAGUUUCUCCUCGCCUCUGAGAAAUGCAGCAGCAACAUCUGUAGUUAACCCAAGCCCCACUCCAAGCAUGAGCUGUGAACUCAGUACAGCCCACGGAUUUGACACUUUAAGCUCGUUAACACCACGUCCUGCACUGCGAAGGACUCGCAACACCCUUUGCCUGGACAAAGAAGAUAAUGACGCUGGGUUGCAGGAAUCUCCACCAAAGAAGAACACGGUCACCUUUAAACUCGACACUGGGGCGCAGCCAAUCGUAGAGUCUCCUGUUGCAAAAUCUCCUCGAUCUGCGCGAGGGAAAGGAAAGCCCUGCAGUCCUUUGAAAAAGCAGGAAGAAGAAGAAAAAAAGCUGUCUGCAAAAACAGGCUGGAUAGAGGGGAGAUCAGCAGUAGAUGGAGCUUCACCUGUUUCCUCACCAAACUCUAAGUCUCCUGCAAAAGCAACUGGAAAAAAUAAAGGCAAGAAGUCGAAGCAUGCAUCCUCUGUGGAACCGCUGCCUGAAGGUGAGGAGGUGACCGACACAACCGGCAAGAAGUGGAAGCUGAUCAGGCAGCUCAGUCAGAGCGCAACCGAGCUGCUCUACGAAGUUUCUCGGCCAAGCUCAAAGGAGUUGAAUCACACCCUCAAACUGGGAGCUAAAGAUGGAAGAAUCUUCAAUGAGCAGAACUUUCUGCAGAGAGCUGCUAAACCGGCGUCUGUGGAAAAGUGGGUCAAACAAAACAAGCUGGAUUUUCUGGGGAUUCCUUCCUGCGUUGGCUUUGGUCUCCAUACAGACUCGUACAGGUUUCUAAUUUUUCCCAGCAUUGGCGAGUCGCUCCAGUCCAUCAUCAAGAAAGAAAAUCAGCCUCUGUCUGAGGAAGUUGUUCUUCAGCUGGCCUAUAGAAUAUUAGACGUGCUGCACUACAUCCAUUCAAACGAAUACGUUCAUGCGGAUAUCAGUGCCGAGAACGUGUACAUAAAACAAGGACAGAGGUCACAGGUGUACCUUGUAGGAUACUGCCAUGCCUUCAGGUACUGUCCAGGAGGAAAGCAUGUGGAGUACCGUGAAGCCAGCCGAACGCCACACGAGGGCACCGUCGAGUUCAUCAGCCUGGACGCCCAUAAAGGAGCAGCUCCAUCUCGCCGCAGCGACCUGCAGUCUUUGGGUUACUGCUUGCUGCACUGGCACACUGGAUUGCUGCCGUGGACAGAGCUCACUCAACCACAGCAGAUAGCCACCGAGAAACAGAGGUACAUGGAGGAUGUUCCUGCACUUCUGAGCCAGUGCUUUGGGAGGAGGAGCGUUUCCAGAGCAUUUCAAACGUACCUGACCGCAGUGAUGGCUCUGCAGUACUCCGAGCAGCCCGAUUACUCAGCGCUGAAGGCCGGACUCAGCGACGCUUUAGUGCAGCUGGGGGCAUCGGUGGAGGAGCCCCUCGAUUUUUAGAGAGAUCGCACAAAAGAAGAGACGACACUGGAAGAUCCUGGAGUUUUCUUAUGUUAAAGUCGUGUUUAAAUGCUGAUGCUUUAUUGCACUGAAAGUCAUGAGUUUAUUAGGUAAACGAUUCAUUGUUUUUACAGUUUGUGUGUGUGUGUGUGUGAGGGGGGGGGGUUAUCAUCUUUAUGGACCUGUUGAGGUUUCUGUGGUUUUCAGCCUCACAAAGAAAUACAAGUUUUAAAUUCCUAAAGCACUGAUUUUUAUAUUUUGUGUGUUGCAGUGUUAUUAGGUAGUUAGAUUUAACAGGGUGAUUUUUAUAACAGAUGUUUUUUUUCUGUUGACUUAUCCUGCUGAACAUUUCAACAAAUAAAAUACCGACAU